ACAUUCCAGCUACCAUUUCCAAGGCAAGACCUACAUCGGAAUCCUGCAAUGAACUACAAGGUUUUCUGCUUGGUGGCCAUUGCCCUAAUCGUGGGCUCCAUCGGCUCAGCCAAUGGACAGGCAGCAUUUACUGAAGAGCAAUGCUCCGUGGAACGUUUGGCACGUGUGAACUGUGGAUAUUCAGGUAUCACACCACAAGAAUGCACCAAACAAGGAUGCUGCUUUGACAGCACUAUUCAAGAUGCCCCUUGGUGCUUUUACCCUCGUGCAACUCCGGAAUGCUGAGGAAAUGGAAUUUUUUGAAGACAGCAGUUUUUGCCAGUGGAACAAGCAACUAAGGACAGACCUUUAAUGAAACAUUACAUUGUAUCAAGGAUCCUUCUUUCUCUCAUGAUCAGUUCUACCCCUUGAAAGGACUUUAAUUUUAUGUACUGAAAUGUGUUACAAACUUACAGUCAGGCACUUGUGUAAUAAAACUGUAAAUGGAAUC